AUGUCCAUUAGCUACAGUAACUCAAUUAUCCAACUACAAACUGCUUCCCAAUUGCCGAUCGCGAUUGCGCGACAGUGCGAAACCUGCGCCCUCCUCAAAUAUGCGACGAAGCUUUCAACAAUUCUCUCGGUAACAAUGUCAUCGGCGAAGAACCUCGUUGAGUUUCCCGACGUCGAAGCGAAACUUCAGAAGGCCCCUAAGCAAUCCGCUUUCGAGAAACAGAGAGCUGAAGCCGAAGCCAAAAAAGCCCGGGAGGCCGCCGAGACCGCUGCAGUAUACCAAGAUUUUGUCAAGAGCUUCGAUCAUGACGACGAUGACACAGGGAGCGGCCGCUAUGGCUCAUUCCCUUCACAACGGCCACCGAAAGGCCCUGGUUUUGGCGCGCCGCUGGGAGGCGCUGCCGCUUCGAAGCGACAUUUCGGUGCAUCCGCACUGAAGAGCGGCCCAGGGAGCUUAGGGCCUGUAUCCGGCUUUAAGAGUGGCCCCGGCAGCUUAGGACCCCCGCCAGGGUCAUUCGGAAGGAAGAGAGGGUUCGACGCAUACCGUCAAGAGAGGGAUAGAGACGGCAGGCUGGGGUUUGAUGACCGGGACGAGCCAAAGUCGGUAUCGAAGGCCUUCAACACCAGCGAUGACGAGGAGGAAGGCGGGUCGGACCCAAGGGAGGCCAUGGGUGUAGCCAAGCCAACCUUGCGCUUAUCUCAGCUGCCUCCAGGUACCUCUCCAGCGUUCAUCAAAUCGCUGAUGCCAUCAAGUCUUACAGUUGAGAACGUCAAGAUUUUGCCGUCUGUUGCAUCCUCCGCCACAGAGAGGAAGUGCGCAGUGGCCAUCGUUACAUUGUCACAGGAGACACCGGCAACAGACAUUGACGCGGCAGUCAGUUCACUCCAGAAUCGCUAUCUCGGAUACGGAUUCAACCUAUCAUUACAUCGACAUCUCUCAUCAGCUGUUGCAACCGCCACGGCGUCUACGCUUGGUAGCACUUCUGGCGCAUCGCAGCCUUUUGGUGCGAAGCCAGUCGCACAGCAGGCGACACCCGGCAAUGCGCCAACGCAGCAAGCCUUCCAUCGAGGCUUUGCGCCGCCUACGUCCUACGGACCGAACUCUGGUGAAUCGCUCAACAGAAACAGCUUACUUCACGUUCCUGUCAAGCCUCCCAACGACAUAAAAAUGCUACAACUUAUCAACAAAACCAUCGAAUCAGUUCUCGAGCACGGCGUGGAGUUUGAGGCUCUGCUGAUGAGCCGUCCUGAGGUUCAGCGAGAAAAGAAGUGGGCAUGGAUCUGGAAUGCGCGUAGCGAAGGAGGCAUUUGGUACCGCUGGCGGCUCUGGGAGAUUAUCACUGGCUCUGAAUCACGGCGUAAUAAAGGAAGGUAUUUGCCCCUUUUUGACGGCAGUCACGCUUGGAAAGCACCCGAAAGGAGCCUACCGUUCGAGUUUGUUGCCAACAUUGACGAGUUUGUGUCGGACCCCGAGUACAACUCGUCAGACGACGAAGAUUUCGACGGUGACAACCGGGAGGGCCAAGGAACAGAGGCCGAAGUUACCUUCUUGAACCCGCUAGACAAGGCCAAACUAACCCAUCUCUUGGCCCGCCUCCCAACAACAUUAUCCAAGAUUCGGAAAGGAGAUGUCGCUAGAGUUACGGCUUUUGCUCUCACGCACGCAAGCAAGGGUGCCGAGGAGGUGGUGGAUAUGAUUGUGUCGAACGUUGAAAAGCCUUUUGCAUUGACGGCGGCGAACCCGGAGUUUCAAGCAAACAGCAGAGAAAAGGGCAGGCAGAGGGAUGAAUCUGAGCAAUCAGAUCCUGAGCCGGAAGACAAGGCCGACAAAGAGGGUCCAGACACAAGUGCAGCAAGCCUUGUGGGCCUGUAUGUUGUUAGCGACAUACUAUCUGCAUCUUCAAACAGCGGAAUCCAGCGGGCUUGGCGGUAUCGACAAAUAUUUGAAGGCGCACUCAAAGAGCGUAAUGUUUUUGAGGGCCUUGGCUUGAUGGCCGAAAAGUUAAACUGGGGCCGUUUGCGGGCCGAGAAGUGGAAGAGAAGUGUUGGGCUAGUUCUUGGUCUUUGGGAAGGUUGGUGCGUAUUUCCGACAGAGAGUCAGGAGUCAUUUGCCAGCAGUUUCGACAACCCGCCAUCCCUCAAGGCCCAGGAGCAAACCGAAGAUGACGCAGCCAAGAAGCGAAGAUGGAAGUUGGUUGAAACCUCGACACCAAGCGCUGAUGCCACGGCCACGGCAACUCCUGACCUUGGUGUGCCUCGCAGAACAACGUCAGAAAGAGAUGAUGACGUUCAAGGUGAACCGAUGGAGGAAGAAGACGUUGCUGGCGAACCGAUGGAGGAAGACGACGUCAUGGGCGAGCCAAUGAGCGAAGAAGAUGUGGAGGGCGAACCUAUGGCGGACGACGAUGUUGAGGGGGAGGCGAUGGAGGAAGACAGCCUAGUCGAGCCGGCGGAGGCUCAGACAACACCAGCCGAACCCGGCAAGGCAGAAGCAGCAGCGGAGAGCGCGGAUGGCACCUCCAAUCCACACACGGUCGGAAGAUUGCAGCUAUCAUCCAGACCCACGGGACAAACCAGGAAACGAAUGAGGGCAGUGGAUAUGUUCGCCGACUCCGGGGAGUCGGAUGAGGGAAACUAA